CUAUCAUUGGUGAGGCUAGAGAAACUUUUGAAACUCGCAUCAAGCGCUGCCACUCUGAAGGAUGAUUACUUCUUUUGGACGUUACUGCAGCUAGUAUCGCUAAGGACAAAAACUGAUCUAUGCUUAUCUUAUUUGCCUACCAGACUAAUAUUGGCUAACCAUAUUUUAAUAAUGAAGAUAAUAUUUAUUUAAUUACAAUUGAAUUUUUUCUUCUUAGUAUUACUAAUGAUUCAAAUCAUUCCAGAAGCCCUACUUUUGCUGGUGGAAUAUUUAUGAUCUCUCGGGAAUGGUUUAAUAAAUUAAAUGGCUUCAACCCACUACUGCAGAAAUUCAAAAAUCAUUGCCGAAUCCUGGUUGGACGCCUACAAAUAUUUCUUCUACGCCUCCAAACCGGCGGCCAAGCAAAUACCCCUCAGCAGCAACGACACAGAGCAAACCCAUCAGUUGAGGCGCGCUCUCAAUUGCCAGCCAUUCUCUUGGUAUUUGCAGAAUGUUUUCCCGCAACUCAAACUGCCCAAUGAUGAGUUCAUCGCAUUUGGCGCACUAAGCUCCGGCGAGCUUUGCCUGCAUAUCGCCAAUUAUGCCACCAGUCAGCUACGUAUGACUAGCUGCUUCCAAAAUGACGUUACUCACUGGUAUCUGCACCGACACAAUUCUCAAUUGCAAGCGAGUUCCGGUACGUGUCUCCACGUAGUCGCCGAUGUGCCAAUGCGCGCGACGAAGCUGAGAAACUCAACGCGUUCGACGCAUUUUCGUGUUGUGCUGCGGCCAUGCGUCGAUCAGGAAGUCGGCGAGCGCGGACAUAAUCAGCGCGCGAAUCAAAAACAGACACCGAAUCAACGUUGGUUGCGACGCGGUGGCUUGUUGGUGCACCAACAGACGCAGUUAUGUCUCGAUAAUCCGCUAAGCGAUGUGGUUGUCGUCAGUCAUUGCCGCAAUGCCGCGCCGUCACAGCUGUUUCGCUUCGCCAUGGAACUGCAGCGACUGUAAUGGCAAUAACAAGGCGAGAUACUGUGUGCCCGUAUUUUGGCAUGAUUCUCCACACUGUGGGAGGGUAGGUGUGUUGUAUACGCAAUUUGCGGUUUGCCGGAUUUGUAAGAUAGAAAUCAAAUAUGGCAACACUGCCAUAACUGUAGGUACUAAAGAGUAACUGUAAUGUAUCUCAGACUUUUUUCAGCAGCUGCUUAAUUUAGAACCCUAUUAUAAGAUAUUUAAGUUCAAUUUAAAUUAAGUGUUUAAUAACAAUAAAACGAAUUAUUUAUUGAAUUCAAAGUAUGCUCUCUA